AUGUCUGAUGAGGAAUUCGAAAGUUUUGAUGUGAAUGAUAGAGAUAUCGAAUACGCUUUGAAUCCGGGGAGGAAUCGGCGCCAAACAAAAGAUGAUCAAAUCUAUGGUAAGUUAACUUUAUGCCCAUCUUUUAUUUUUAGGUAUAUGGGCUGAGAAGGAUGAAGAGGAGCAGGCGAGGCCCUCGUUCGGGAAGACUAAGCCACUAAAAUUUACGAAUUUUGUGAGUGGUGGGAUUAGUGUUGGAAGUAAGAUGGAUAAACAAGAAGAGGACGAGGAAGACGACGAGCCCACUCCAUCAACGUCGGGUAUCAAAAACAAGGAUGAUUAUGUUGAAGUUUCGGUGUUUCAAACCAAGAAGAAGACUGCGUUUGCUUCUGCCAAAGGGUUGGUUAGAUGCGAUUAAAAUAUUAUUUUUUAGUGGAGGGUUUGCUGGGACAAGAUCAUCCGAAGCAGCGCCGUCAUGGACAGCAUCCUCGGGGAAGGCAUCUGUCAUUAUGAACAUGAUGAAGGUGGGUUGAAAAGGCUUUUUUGAGAUUCUGGUUUAGAAAAUGGGAUACGAGCAUGGAAAAGGCCUGGGAUCGAACAAACAGGGCAUUGUGGAGCCGGUUGUGGCCAAUGUGAGGAAAGGAAGAGGAGCGGUUGGAGCUUACGGUGCUGAGCAAAAGGGCCCCAAGUUUGGAGGUGAGUUUUUUCAAUAUUUUUUUUAUUUUUGGUUUAGAAUCCGCUGCUGAUGCGCAAAAAAGGUCGGAUGACAGUGUUGAGAUCAUCGAGGAGGAAGUUGUCGUCGGUGACACCUGGAAGAAGACCAAGAAAGCACGAGUGAAGUAUCGAACGUUGAACGAAGUCAUCUCCGACGGCUCCAUCGAAUCCCCAGCCAUCGUCGCACCCAAGAUGAAGAUAAUUGAUAUGACAGGGCCGCAGGAACGGACUUACGACGACAUUCAUUCGUAUCAUAGACGCAAACCCCUGAAGGAGUCGAACAAACGGCCGUUCUUCGAUGUGCCCGCGUUGACGGAGAACCUGAACACGCUUCUUUCCUCCUGCGAACAGGAGAUUUUGAACACCCAUAGUCAUCUGGAAGAGUUGAAAAAGAAAAAUAAGAUUGUUGAGAACGAUCAAAACAAACUGAAGGUUGAUAUUAAGGAAAAUGAAGAGGAAAUGAGACGGUUGGAUGAGGUUAUUCACCUUGUCAAACAGUAAGCGCUCAGUUGGGGGAAAAAUUGGGGAAACUGAGAAAUAUGAUUUUUCUUGCGUGUAAAUUUUGAAAUGACGAUAAAUGAGGCGAGUUCAAAAAUUAUAUUCGUUUUUUUUUUGAUUGUUACUUUUUUUCUUAAGUAGUACUGUAAAGUAGUAAUUUUUCAAAUUUUUUUACAAAUAUCUUGAUUUAGGGGUUUUUGAUAGUGCUGAUUUCGAAAAUGACCUUCAUUUUUUCUGAUCGUUUCUUUUUUUCUUAAAUAGUAUUGUAAAGUAGUUAUUUUUUGAAUUUUUUCCACAAAUACUCGACUUCGGGGUUUUUGGUGGUGCUGAUUUCAAGUCAAAAUAUAAAAAUGAAUGUCAUUUUCGAAAUCAGCACUAUCAUAAACCCCUAAAUCGAGUGUUUGUUGAAAAAAUUGGAAAAAUUACUACUUUAAAGUACUACUUAAGAAAAAAAAAAGUAACGGUCAGAAAAAAUGAAUGUCAUUUUUGAAAUCAGCACUGUCGAAAACCACUAGGUCGGGUGUUUGUUGAAAAAAUUUGAAAAAUUACUGCUUUACAGUACUACUUAAGAAAAAAAGUAACGAUCAGAAAAAACGAGUAUGUUUUUUGAACUCAACGCCCUCGAUUAACGUCAUUUCAAAAUUUAAAUGCAAGAAAAAUAAUAUUUCUCAGUUUCACCAAUUGUGGCUUCAUGUAAAAAACUGAAUUUUUUUUAUAGAUUUGAUCAUGUGGAACAUGGAGUGGAGCCGUUAGAACACUACAAACGCCUUUUCUACCAGCUGAAUGCGGAAUAUUCGGCCGAAUCGAAGCUUUUCAAUAUCGAAGCGGUCAUCCAAUUCAAGGUCCUGCCCAUGGUAAGUGCAAUAUACGAUUUGUAUUCUGUCUUUAGAUCACUCGCUUCUUCUCCCGCUGGGACCCGUUGGACCCGGAGAUGAACCUGUACGGCUACGAUGAGAUGCUGGACUGGAAAAAGCUUCUGUCCAUGGGGAAUCGGGGCGUCUUGGAGGAGAACAAGCACGAGAACCGCGCGAUCCCCACCUUCGAUCUGCUCCUCUGGGAGGGAUGGAUGCCCCAGAUGCGAAGAGCGGUCCUCCGAUGGGACGCACGCACCAAUUCGCCCCAAAUGAACUCCGUUCUGGCCUCGUGGUCGUCGCUGUUGCCGCCCUGGAUGGUGGACAACAUGUUUGAUCAGUUGAUCCUGCCCAAGAUUGAGGAAAAGGUCGCCGAAUGGAACCCAGUGACGGAUGAGAUCCCGCUCGACGAAUGGCUGAUCCCGUGGAACGAAAUGCUCGGCCAUCGACUGCUCGAUGUCUACAGUAAUGUCCGACAGAAAAUGGGCAUUGCGCUGAGAAGGUGGAUCCCCACCGACUUGUCGUAGGUUUUGUUUUUCACGUUGAAUCUUGUAUUCUAGAAAAAAAAUUUUUUUUUAAUGGUUGUUGGGCAGAAAGAUCCGGAAAAAUUUUUUCGAUCUACAAUGGAACCUGAAGAAAAAAGUGAAAUGCACGGUGCAAGAUGGCGUUUGUACCUUUUUUUCGCGGCGUUUUCACGACAUCUGGAACCUUUUCCCACGCUUGUCGCCAACGCACAGUGCAUUUUUUCUUUUCGCGCAAUGCAAACUCCAAAGAAAGUCGUUUGCACUGUGCAGAUUUUUGAGGAAAGCCGCGGCGGAUCGCACAGUGCAUCUCGAACCCGUUUUUUCCCACGCUUGCCGCCAACGCACAGUGCAAACCACAAAAAAGCCGUUUGCACUGUGCGGUUCCGCCGCGCGCGCCGCGGCUUUGCUCAAAAUUUGCACAGUGCAAACGGCUUUUUUAUGUUUUGCACUGUGCGCAAAAAAGAAAAUGCGCUGUGCGUUGACGACAAGCGUGGGAAAAAGUUCAAAAUUCACCAUGCGAAAGCGAAAAAAUGUCUAUGGACUUUGUGAAAAUACUAAUGCUCGUUCUUCAGAGCGCUGACGGUGAUUAAGCCCUGGGGCAAAGUGUUCAGCAAGAAACACAUGAGAGAUUUCUUGGAUGCCAACAUUGUCCCGAAGCUCGAAUCCAGCUUGUUCAACAUGAAUAUCAAUCCUUUGCAGAACAAGGUAAGCAUUUUUUAUUUUACUUUUUCAUCAUGACUCUUUUUUUGCAGAAGUACGAGGAAUUCAAUGUGUUGCUGGCCUGGAGAGGGCUACUUCAAGAUGACGUCAUUUGCCGCAUCCUAACCAGAAACUUUUUCUCAAGGGUAUGUUUGAUUGCCGAAUAAUUUACUUGUUUAGUGGUACAAUUUAUUGUUCGAUUGGUUGCAAGUCCCGGGAGAUCCGGGCAUUAUUGUGCCGGAAGUCGCGAAUUAUUACCGAGAAUGGAAAGGAAGAGUACCCCAGGAGCUGCAUCAGUGGCCUCCAAUUCAGAGUAAGGAAAAGUUGAUAUUGUCAGUGUGUCGGGAAAAUAAUGAGCUUUAUCAGUGUGUCGGGAAAAUAAUAAGAACUCUGUCGCAUCGAAAAUCGCAUCACCGCCGAGAAAAUGAAUUGUGUCUUGUCGCUGAAGUGAAAAGCAAUUUGAUUUUGCCGCGACGCAAUUCAUUUUCUCGCCGGCGAUGCGAUUUUCGAUCCGACAGAGUGCUCAUUAUUUUUCCGACGGACUGAUUGUCCGCCAGAAAUGCUGCCAGUUUUUUUUUUUUUGCGUUUACACUGCGCAGAAAAAAUUAGGGUGCGAGCGACAGCCCAAAAAAAGCCUAUUGCACGGUGCAAAAAGCAAGAAAUUGCACAGUGCGAAGAGAACUUUUGUUUUCGCACAGUGCGUGUCGCCGAUUAGUGAUUUCCGCGACAUGCACUGUGCGAAAACAAAAGUUCACUUUGCACUGUGCAAUUUUUGGCUUUUUGCACAGUGCAAUAGGCUUUUUUGGGUUAUCGCUCGCACCCUGACUUUUUCUGCACAGUGCAAACGCCAAAAAUCAUUCCAGCGACUUGACGAACUGACUUUUUUGCUUUUGAUUUUUUUUUGUGAUUUGACUUUUUUAGCCGAAUUCGCCCGAGCCGUGAAGGCGUUGGGUCAGGCCAAGCGCGGCGAGCCCUUGAUCAAACUGGCCAGCUACGAAGACUUCUCCGCUUCCCAAUUCGCACAGCCUCAGCGAACAUACGACGAACCGGUGGUGGACACAAAUUCUGUCACUAUCAACCAAAGAACUCUUCGAGGCCAUAUUGAACAGAUCGCCAGAGAGCGAGGACUGGUUUUCGUCCCGAUCAAAUCAGAACAAGGACGGCAGAUCUACAACCUAGGCAGCAGGAACAUUUAUUUCGACAGUACCGCCAUAUUUUGUAUGGACAAUGUGACCAGAGAUUGGAUGCCCGUUUCCAUUCCUCAGCUCCUUCAAAUGGAUCUAUGA